UUCAUCUCAACACAUUUUGCAAUUUUAAUAAUUUCAAUUUGUCUCUGAAUUUUCUCUCUUCUCUUUGUUCUUGCUUCUUAGUUUGAUCUAUGCAUAUGGAUUCUCUUUCAUUUGUUGGGAUUUCAUGCAUCAUCUUUUUGAGUUUUCUAUGUUCGUCUCAAGGCCAUAAGUUGUAUGUUGGUGGCAAAGAAGGUUGGGUUUUAAAGCCGUCUGAAUCGUACGACCAGUGGGCUAGAAGAAAUCGUUUUCAAGUCAAUGACACUAUUGUUUUCAAGUACAAGAAAGGACAAGAUUCAGUUAUGGUAGUUCAUGACAAUGAUGAUUACACCAAAUGCAACAAGACAAGUCCCAUUCAUCACAUGAAAGAUGGACAUUCAAAACUCAAAUUUACAAGAAAUGGCAGAUUUUAUUUCAUCAGUGGCAAAGAUAACCACUGUGAACUAGGCCAAAAGCUUCUAGUAGUUGUACUAUCUCCAGAUCACCACAAGUCCUCAUCACCUGUCACUCCAACACCGGCGAUUUCUCCGGUCAUUGCUCCGACUCCUCCACCCUCUCCAGGGUCAGUUUCACCGGCUCCGGCUCCGGCAAAGUCGGAUGCAAUGAGUGUUGGUGGUUCAAGUGUGUUGGUUUGGGUGUUUAGUUUGAUUAUGGUAGCUGUUUUUUGUGUAAUUUGAUUCUUAGUUUGUUGUGUUAUUUGGAUUUUAUUUUGUGUGUUUGGCUAGGUCUAGCUACAUAGAUUGUUUUUUCUGAAGUUGUGUUAUGGCAAUUAUAAUCUAUUUUACUUCAUUUU